UUCCAGUGUUCCCUCCAUCAAUCUGACCAGCUGCAAGUAUGAGAGCGUGCGGCGGGCAGCACAGUGCUGUGGGCUGAAAGAAGCGGGAGAAAACGAGGAGUGGACGGUGUGUUGGACGGACUAUUCGGUCUCUCUGGAGCGCAUCAUGGAAAUGAAGCGCUUUCAGAAAAUCAACCAUUUUCCAGGCAUGAUAGAGAUCUGCCGCAAGGACUUGUUGGCUCGCAACCUUAACCGCAUGCUCAGGCUCUUCCCCAAGGAGUACAAUAUAUUUCCCCGCACUUGGUGCCUGCCAGCUGACUAUGGAGAUUUCCAGGCCUACAGUUGCGCAAGGAAAAACAAAAUAUUCAUCUGCAAGCCAGAGAGCAGCUGCCAAGGGAGAGGUAUCUUCAUAACACAUCACCCAGAGGAGAUCAAACGUGGAGAGCACAUGAUCUGUCAGCAGUAUAUCUCUAAGCCUUUCCUUAUUGAUGGCUUUAAAUUUGACAUGCGUAUCUAUGUGCUGGUCACAUCUUGUGACCCACUGAGGAUUUUUGUCUACAAGGAGGGUCUGGCCCGGUUUGCCACCAUGAGGUACAUCGAUCCCAGCAGCAGGAACCGGGAUGAUAUCUGCAUGCAUUUGACCAAUUAUGCUGUCAACAAGUGUAAUGAAAACUUCAUCCAGGAUGACACGAUGGGCAGUAAGAGGAAACUGUCCACCCUGAAUGCCUGGAUGACCAAUAACAGCUACAACACAACAAAAGUGUGGGAAGAUAUUGAAGACAUUAUUAUAAAGACUCUUAUUUCGGCUCACCCUGUUGUGAAGCACAAUUACCAAACCUGCUUUCCCAACCACGCUACUGGCUGUGCCUGCUUCGAGAUACUGGGUUUUGAUAUUCUGCUAGACAGAAAGAUGAAGGUGUGGCUGCUGGAGGUGAACCACUCUCCCAGCUUCAACACAGACUCUCGCCUAGACCAUGAGGUGAAGGAUGCUCUUCUCUGUGAUACCAUCAACCUGAUAAACGUGCAUGCCUGUAACAAAAGGAAGGUGCAGGAGGAAGACAAACAGCGGGCAAAGGAACGGCUCCUCCAGGCCCAUCAGAUUCCCCGUGCAGCCAGACGCGAGGAAUUAGAGAGAAACCAGGCUGCCUGGCUGGCUGAGGCAGAGAAGUACGAGAACUCUCACCUGGGCAGUUACCGGCGCAUUUAUCCGGCACGUGGAACAGAGAAGUAUGAGCCAUUUUUCAAGCAGAGUGGCUCCCUCUUCCAGGACACGGUGUCAUCCAAAGCACGAGAGGAGUGUGCCAGGCAGCAACUGGAGGAAAUUCGCCUGAAAAAAGAAAAGUUGGAAGCUAUUACCAGGAAGAAGAAAUCAAAGAGGAAAGAAGACCUGCAUGGAGAGUCAGCUGGGGACAAAUCCCAGAUCCAUAAUAAAACCACAGCUCCUACGACCCGCCUCACCUAUAGAAGCACCUGGAUGUGGGACAGAAAGGUACAGUGCAUGCAGUACGACUCUAUGCAACCCCAGCAUAUUGUGGAAUAUGAAGAGGAGAAAAGAGUAAAUGCUCUUCUGCAGCGUGAGAACCUUAUCCGAGGCCUGGGUAUCAUCGAUCAGCUCUCCCAGCUGCUCCCCACAACCGACAGACCGGCCGACACCCUGAGAUCCUGCACCAUUACCUCCGAGAGCCAGCCGCAGUUUCUCUGGGAUGCAGUUGGGGGCCAGGACACCCACCACUUAAGGACAGUCAUCCCACUCUCCCUCCCGGGAGGUCCAGUCCAGCCUUCGGGACAGUGGUUCCUACACAACUCCAGAGCCGAGGCCCAGCUGCCGGCCAGCGUGGGCUCGGAUCCUGCCACUGCGGGCACCCUCUUCGUUCAAGGCCGGAGCAUCCCUUACCAUGAGCAGCACAAG